AUGGUCAAGCAUCGACAGAAGUUGAAGCAAAAACUCCGCGUAACUUCAGCAACUUCGACCACCACAGUUACUUGGCGGCAAACCCAAAAGCCUACUAAUCAAGAGGAAUACACCCCGCUCGUAAUAACACUCCUUGAAAAACUUCGUAACGAAUCUCGUUCUCAAGCUCCUCCCCAAACAGAUCUCUCUUUUCUCCAUUCUCCAGCAUACAACUAUUUCCUACGUGAAGAGUCAGAACAAGCUCGACAAGCGCAACGUCGUGAUGAUGUUAUCAAUCAAAGAGUCUCUGGACCUGCGCCACCGCCAAGUUGGCGAAAUGUUUGGAAAUAUGGUGUGGGUAAGGAUGAACAUGGACAAAUGAUUGCGGGGCGGAAACUACACAAGCGGGCUUGGGAUGUAAAUACGGAAGAAUUUUAUGAUUUGCCCUCUUUGCAAGAUAUUAGUGCAAAAUGUUUGGCUGUUAAUCUCCAGUUUUUUAUUGGAAAGUCUUACUUUGCUCAGAUGCCAACGCAUCUGAAGCAGAGCAUUCUUUAUUAUGCCAGCAUAUACAACCCCUUGAAUGAUGGGCUUUUUUCGCUGUUUGCGAAUGACGAGGGAUACGAAGAGUUAAUUCUGGCUAACAGUAAAGUGUCUUUUGAGAUUCUGAAAAGAGCAUUCUGGCGAAUAGACAAAAAGCAUCAAAAGGAUUCCUUAUCCUCUGUCGCAGAUCCAGAACAUGAACUGAAAGAAAAUGGAAAAGUAAACGGCGCAGUUAUAAGUAACUCUAAAGAUAACUUUACCGAGAACUGCGCCUCCAUAGCUCCUGUUGGUAUUCAAGGAACUGGUCUUCCAACCGUAGCAGUCAAAAACAAUGAGAAUAAACCCGUUUAUUCUUGUUCUCUCACCAAUCUCCGCCGCCUGAAUCUCGCUUUCAAUAAACAAAUUCCGGCAAUGUCAAUAGCAACACUCUUAUCAUCAACUGUUCCUCUAUUGACACAUUUAUCUAUUGCCGGAUGCUUUGAUCGCGGGAACGGCCCUCAUGCAUUGGGAGUCUUAUCACGAGGAUUAAUUAAUCUUGUCUUUUUAGAUUUGUCCCAUUGUGAAUGGAUCAAUGAUUUAGUCUUAAUGAAGUACAUAAACUGGCAAAGGGACUUGAAAUAUUUAAGAGCUCUUAUUAUAGUCGGCUGCAGAAUUAAAGAUAAGCAAGAUAUAUACCCCAAAGUAAGAGAAGACAGAGUGUGGAUUGACAUUAUUGAAUAA